UAUGCCUCGCCGGCUCCGAAGUCGCCAUUACAGCAUGGCAGCAUUUUGCGUCGCCUGAUGCGUAGACUUUUUUGGUUCAGCCUAAACAGCCUUAGUUUAACCGGCUUACUCAACCUUCUGCUUGGUCUUCCGCGACUCAUCUGCAGCCUCAUCUCUCUUCUACAGGACCUUUCCGGCCAGGACAAGUGUUGCGGUGACUCUUGCGGUGGAUCAAUUGCCAUGGCCUAUGCAGCCACAAAGGCGUCCAAUGUGGCCGAGGGCUCUGGUGGCGGUGGCGACGACGAAAAUGAGGCGACUUCAGCGAGCCGACUUGCUCGACUACAGCAGACACGACGCUCCCUAAUCACGAAAGCCAAAGGCGAUGGUGGUCGAGACAAAGCCGCCUCGUUGCUUCUUCAUCCGUCCAACUCAGGCGGUACUUUAAACCGGUGCUUGGUAUAUCUGCACCACUUGCCAACCAAUCUGUACACUGUGAUAGGUAAGACCGAAUAUCUGCAUGCCGGAGGGUCACAGCAAGCCACGAUUGUGUCAUUUUAA